UAUGAAUUUCUUUCCCUUUUGUCGGCUUUCAACGUUCCUCCUAUUCGAGAUUACAACCAUCUCCUUUUUCUCUCUUCUUCUCUGCUUAUAAUACCGGCAUCAAACUUGCUUUCUCUCUGCAGUUCUUGUCGCAAUACAAGGGAAGCUAAGAAUGGCUAAGAGUCCUGCUCCAGGUGGUUCUGAUGAUCUUCCCUCAGAUACUCAGGGAGGGUACCAGGAUAAAAAUUUCCUGGUUGUUUGCUUUGGGGAAAUGUUGGUUGACUUUGUGCCAACAGUUGCUGGAGUUUCACUUGCUGAAGCACCUGCUUUCAAGAAAGCUCCUGGUGGUGCUCCUGCUAACGUGGCUGUAGGCAUUUCAAGACUGGGUGGUUCAUCAGCUUUUAUAGGCAAGGUAGGUGAUGAUGAUUUCGGGUACAUGUUGGCCAACAUUUUAAAACAAAACAAUGUUGAUAAUUCCGGCAUGCGGUUUGACCACAAAGCAAGGACUUCUCUGGCUUUUGUUACUCUCAGAGCUGAUGGCGAGCGUGAAUUCUUAUUUUUCCGUCAUCCAAGUGCUGAUAUGCUUCUUCAUGAAUCAGAACUUGAUAUUAACCUUAUUAAGCAGGCAAAGAUCUUCCAUUAUGGUUCAAUUAGUUUGAUUGACGAACCAUGCAGAUCAGCCCAUCUUGCAGCGAUGGGCAUUGCCAGAAAGUCUGGUUGCAUUCUCUCCUAUGAUCCAAACUUGAGAUUGCCAUUGUGGCCAUCGGCAGAGGCUGCUCGGAAGGGCAUAAUGAGUGUAUGGGAUCAGGCAGAUAUUAUUAAGAUAAGUGAGGACGAAAUUACAUUCCUGACCGGUGGUGAUGAUCCUUUUGAUGAUCAUGUGGUAUUGAAGAAGCUUUUUCAUCCAAAUCUUAAGCUUUUGAUUGUAACUGAAGGUUCGGAGGGAUGCAGAUAUUACACUAAGGAAUACAGGGGCAGGGUUGUUGGGGUUAAAGUUACAUCUGUUGACACAACUGGAGCUGGAGAUGCAUUUGUCAGUGGCAUUCUGAGCAGCCUUGCUUCUGACCUAAAUCUUAUCCAGGAUGAGAAGCGGUUACGAGAAGCUCUAGCUUUUGCCAAUGCCUGUGGUGCCCUCACAGUGAAAGAGAGGGGAGCCAUUCCUGCCCUACCCACCAAAGAUGCUGUUCUCCAAUUCCUGUCACUGCAUGAUGAAUCCUGAGACAGAAGUCCUAGUUCAUGUACUUUCUAGUGUUAAGCUAAUGUAAUGAGUUUCCUUGCCAAGGGCAACCAUAAGCUUUUUUUCUUUUCCCUUUUUAUUGUUUACUGCAUUGCUUGCUAUGCAAGUGUUUCCAUUUAACCUCCCACAGUUUCUGGGUUGACUCUUUGCACUUGAGAACACAAAUAUAGGUGCUAGCAUACAGGUGUUGUGAAUGCAAGAGUUCCCAAUAAAUUUAGUCACAGAAAGAAAGAAGUUGUUUUGUCAGAAUCAUGGGUUUUGUCUUGUAUAUUGUGUGCCCUUGGGUGGUUCUCUGAGACUGACACCCUCUAUACAGGAAUGGACACCAAAGAUAAGGAGUGGUAAGGAGUGGAGAUUAACAAUUGGAAAAGAGGAGGCCUCCACCUUGAGGAGACCAACCUCUACUUUUUCUAAUUAUUAUUAUUAUUAUUUUUUA